CUGACUCUGAUUUCAAAAAUCACAGAGAUGAGACAUCAUUUACUCCUGGGCCUCUGCUUGGGCAUUUUUAUGCACGCCAAUCUGGCCAACGGAUCAAUUUUUGGUUUAUUUGGCAAAAACGAUGUUAUAGAUCCUUCAUGCAAUUGCUCUCGUAUUAAAAUUGAUGGAAGCCUUCAGUUGAACCAAUUUCUACAAGGAUUCCUUGUCAAGCUUGCGCAAACGUAUAAUCAAUUAGUUCAUGGUAUUCGGCCACAAAUAGGAUCCGAGCAGAUUGAAGGAAACGCCCCUAGGUAUGGCUACGAAUUAAUUUUUAGAAUUCUUAAUCCGAAAAACAAAGAAGAGCAACAUUUGCCUUCAUAUGAGAUACCCCCACAAACGGUAACCUUUGAAACAAUACCAACCAUAGAAACAACGACCGAAACGGUAGCACCCAUACCAUUACCAGAAAACAAACCCUAUGACAUUUUUAUUAUUAUAAUGGACAAAUAUUUUUCGGAACAGCCUGGAAAUAUUACAAGCGAUAUCGUAAAAUAUCUGAUUGCAAAAAUUGUCGAGCUAAAUAACUUCCUUAAUGGUUUAUUCAAAAUUGAAAUGCGGGUUAUACUUAACAAAAAUCUUACUUUGAAUUACGAUCAUGUUAAGUCAAACAUAACAAUCAGUAUUGAAGACAUUCAAAAAUAUCCAAACAAUGGAGUAAUCGAUCUGCCUGAUUUAAGUCCAAUACCUCGACCGCCGGAAUCUUAUGUCAUUAUUACUACUUUGAUCCAAAACUAUUUAAGUACCCAGGCGGCGGGUAAUGCUUCAAUUGAGCGAAUAAUUCUGGCAUUAAAACAAGUAGUUUCGAUUUUGGAGCGAUUCAAUCGCAGUUUAAGGCAUCUACUUAAAUUGGAAAUCAAUUUUGUAUUUGGAGAUAAUGCCAAAAAGACACCACCCAGUGAAUCGACAGUAGUUCUCGUUAUAAAUCAGCCAGAUCUUCCAAAAUUUAAUAAUUUGGAGGUCAUAGGAUUGCCAUCGAAACCUGAAGACUAUGAUCCUUUGGUACAAAUUUCGCCAUUGCUUAUAGUUUCCAUUCAAGAGUUUAUUUUAUCUCAGAUUGGAAAUGUUGAUAUAACAAACAAAUUUAUUGCAGGAGUUCAAAGUAUCAUAUCAAAGGUCACAUAUUUGAACCUACUCAUUGAGGAUUGGAUAAAAAUUAAUAUAAGCAUCAAAAUGAAUAGAAUUGGUGAACGGAAUUACAAUACCACAACAGAGUACGUUGUUAUCCCCAUUGGCGCCAAACCUAACAUUGCAGGCAAAGAUAAAUUUCCAUUACUCUUUGCAAAUAUUCAAGAUAUAAUUACCAAAGUGACAAAGUUAAACGAAAUCCUCAAAGGUGUCUUCACAAUUAAUGUCAAUUUUAAAUCUAUUGAAUUCAAACAGCCCAAGGUGACACAAAUUAUUAUUUUUGAAUCUGAAAAAUCACCAAAUGGAGGUACUCAAAUCCAGGUUCCUCCAAGACCACCACAACAUUUGUCUAUAAUAAUUUUUAGAGUUAUAAGACAUUAUUUACAAAUUUCUGGAAGCUUAAAACAAAGACAAGAUCCAGUUUUAAUCAUAAAAUAUGUAAUUUCAAUUAUUUCACGAUUGAAUCAAUUACUUAAGAGUUGGUUGAAAAUUGAUUUACAAAUUAUCUUCCCUGGACACGGUGGGUCAUCAUAUAUAUACAAAAACUUUAUAGUGUUGCCUAACGAGAUCGUAUCCUCUGAACCACCCCCUAUAAGUGGUGAUUUGCCACAAAUACAUCCCAUUAUCAGUUCAUUGCUGCUCAAAUAUCUAAUUACACAGAGUCCAAACAUUAAUUCAAUUGAAGUAAUUAUUAAGCUUAUUCAAAAUGUUUUAUUGAGAGUGGUAGAAAUCAACAAAUCAGUCGACAAUCUAUUGAAACUUGAUUUAAAAUUCCAAUUUCCUCAAAAAUCUAAUCAAAAUGACUACACAAAAAUAAUUAUUAUUAAUCGAGAGCCCGAAACAUCACAACAAACCUCUCUUAACCAAUUCAAUAUUCUUCUUUGGAUCAAUAAUUAUUUGACAUCAAUUAAUAGGGCUCAGUCGCAGACUUAUGUCCAGAAUGGAAAAAAGAUAGUAUUUUUGCCCAAAGGCACAUCGCUGGUACUACCAUAUCUCUAUGUAAUGUCUGGUUCAAAACAAGUUUAUACCCAUCUUCCAGCCGAAAUUAAAAACUUAUAUGGCGGUGGUUUCGAUUUGUCCAAUAAGUUAUUCCGAGAACUAACUUCAAAAUUGAAAAUGGACAUAACAGGAAGAAUAAAGGUGAAUGUAAACGUGGAUGUUCAAAAACUAUUCACACCUGGAGACCUAGUUUCCGCUCUAUUACGUCAAGGAAUAAGUAUAACGAACGUUGCUAGCAAACCUGGAUCAAAUUUAUUCGGUGUGAUAGUAUCAAGUCGACCCACACGAGGCGUUAGAUUGCAUGUUCAGGUUAACCAUACGGGUAUAUCUAAUCCCAACGAUCUAUUGAGUCUUUUACCAGCGGGACUUAACCAGAGAAGCAUUGAAGAUAAGCCAAUAAAACUAUCGGCACAUGAUGGUCAACACUUAUUAGAUAAAAUCACCCAGCUAGGUCAUCAUGUGUUCAAGACAUUGGAAAAGGACUCAAAUAGAGAGUCUCAACAAUUAGCAAAGUCAAUUCAUGGAGCAAUACAUUCGAGUCCCCAUUGAGUCAUCAGCCAAAGUUAAUCAUCUAACAAAGUGCAAUUAAAAUAUAUCCCAUCUAAAAUUAAAUUUAUCUAAAUGUGCCUUUGGAUUGGUUAUGUUCCAAAACUUUGUAAAAAUAAACAAUUGUAAUUGGAUUUCUUCAUAUUAA